AUGGCCGCUGUCAAUGACCCUCAACCCCUCCCCCAACAGAAUGGGCAAACUGGCUUAUGCGGCUUUUAUUACGACAAAGGUGACGGUGGUGAUCAAGGGGAUUCUGUGGCAGGAGCUCAGACUAAGAGAUGGUUCACGUCAAAGGCACUCAGUGGCUCCCUUCUGAAGCGUCUCAACAGCAUUCAGCUUGUGACCUCUUCCAACGAUGGUGGAUCUACCGUCGCCGGAGCAAACCGGUCAUGGUUCAAGACGAAUGGCAACGAAUAUGACGGUGAUUGUAUCCAGGUUCACGCUGCCGCUGACCAUAUGAACUCAAGAAAUCAGUAUUAUAAGGGUACACUGGUAUUCGGUGUCGGAUGCGAGGAUAGUGAGAAACCUGUUGAAGACUCAAAGCUUCGUACAUUGCUGGGAUUGGAUUCGAAUGAUUCGGAGGCGGCUUCAAGCGUCGUUAAUUGGAAGCUCACUACGCCAGAAGAAUUAAGGAGGAAGAUCCAGCAGGAAGAGGCGAAGGCUGUCAUGGGUAAUUUGAACUGGGAAAGCUGGGAUAGCAUUGAGAAGUACAAAUCACUCGCAGCGGAGGCUAAAGAUAAAAAGAAGCAUGUUCUGCUUGUCUUUGAUGCGGAAGACCUACCAGAUUCGACGGCUAUAGACCGCCGCCUGUCCUGGGGCCAAACGGUCGAGAAUAUCUGGAAUCAUGUGCUGAAAGAGCGUUGCAACUCGAUAUGGCAGGAAUCAAGAGUAAUUGGAGCCAACAAAGAGGAGACCUUCGGGAACAACUAUUUCCACCUUCUCGUCCAGCUCGGUUUGGAGGGCGCGAUCUACAAGGGCUUCCAAGAGGACGCAACCAAGGUCCAUCUCAUCUACGAGCCAACCAGCGCCAAAGGCGGUUUUCUUCGCUCUUACUCGGAUAAAGAUAUGGAAAAGCUCAGAGUCAGUAGGGAAGGCCUCCAAGUCAACGUGCCUAAUAGAGAAAAUCUCGAAAUCCAGGGGGACCUGAAGAUUCUCGGAAACCAGGAGGAAGAGGUGGACCAGGGGCAAGAGGUGAAAGAGCUGAUGAAGAAUUCGGGUAUAGAACAGGUAAUAGAAACGCUGAGGGAUGAUCUGAAAAGAGAGCUGAAGAAAGUUCCAAACGCGAAGGAAAAGCUGAGGGAAAAGCUAUGGGAGAAGCUGAGGAAACAGCUGAGGAAAGAUGUGGGGGAUGUCUGGAUGGAAAGCCUGAAGUCCUCUCUGGAAGAAGAAUCCACCGAAUCCAUUGAGAAUCUCGGCAUAACGCAGAUCAGAGACGCAAUAAUGACUGGGAUCAGGUGGUCUCGUCGCUGUGCCCCGAUGAUGUUCCCAAAAAGAAAGGCCAAGCAAUCCCAGCCCGCCGACAACCGCUUGAAGCUUGAAACUGACUCAGAACCGGUGUUGGUGUCGGUGGAGCUUGAUUUGAGAGAUUCUCAGACGACUUCCAGAGAACCAUUGGUCCUUAGAAGUCUGCCAUGCACCCCCAAAAAGGCCGCCGUGGAUACGUUGAAACAGGGAUUUGAGUGUGUACUGCCAUAUAUGCCCAGUGCCCGAUUCGGCAACUUGGUGACGGCUGAUCGGGGGGAAGUCGAUGGCUUUCGAAGAAUUGCCAACAAGGUCCAUGAAUGGUACACAACCAACACAAACGCCAUACCUUUAACCCUUGCUGUAUUCGGACAGCCAGGGUCUGGAAAAUCCUUUGGAGUGAAGGAGGUCAUCAAGUCCAUACUGGCUGCCGAUGGAAAGGGUAUUACAGAUUUAGAAUUCAAUCUUUCGCAGUUUCGCCAAGAGGAUGACCUCAGACACGCAUUCGAAGUCAUCCGGGAUAAGACGCUCUCCGAACAGAUUCCCGUUGUAUUCUUCGAUGAAUUUGACUCGACCUUUGAAGGAAAAGAGCUGGGGUGGUUGUCGCAUUUCAUCAAACCCAUCACAGAGGGUAAAUACGAGGACGGUGGGAUCGAACGACCACUGGGACGUGGCAUCUACAUCUUCAUCGGAGGCACUAAGACAAGAUAUGACGACUUCUUCCGGGCCUUAGAAAAUGGCGGCGGCGCCGGAGGAAGUCCCGGGGGAAUCAUCAGUUUCGAGCAAUCGGAAAUUGCACUCGGGAAAUUCCUUGAAACUAUCCCUCGAACUCGCAAUGGAUUUACACCAACGCUGAAAACCAUAACCGUAAACAUCUCCGGGAUAUCUCAAUAUGACCAGUUGAAAAGAAAGUUCUACGAAAUCCGGGACGCGACGCUAGAGAAAAAUAUCCCACUGGUCUUCUUCAGAGACUUCGACUGUGAUUUUGGCAGCGAGAAGUUGGGAUGGCUGAAAUACUUCCUUGCUCCGAUGCAAGACGGCGAAUUCUUCGACCACGGCAGCCGACAUCUCCUCGGGCGUGCCAUAUUCGUCUUUGAACAGGGGUCAACCCACUUCAACGGAUUCCCUGUAGCAAAACUGCACUCACACUUAUUUCCAGGUGCGAAACUACCGGACUUCGUGAGCAGACUCCGAGGGCAGAUCCAAAUUCCCGCACAGAUCCAAACUCCCGCACAGGCCCAAAUUCCCGCAGAUGCGGAAAUUCAACGUUUUAGGCCUCUCAAGAACAUUCUCACCUGGUAUCUUCAGCGCGACAAGUCAAACAAGCCACUUUCGAUUGGUUUGUUCCGGGAAUGUCGAGGGGACACCAAGGAGACUUUCAAAAGUGCCCUGAAAGGACAUGUAGACAUUCUCGGACCAAGCAUCUUGUUGAACGAGGAUGAAAGUGAAAAGGAAGCCGACAGAGACUAUUUCCCCAUCCGACGAGCGAUUCUGCUUCGAAGCAUGCUUGAGAGGAUUUUCGGGUUCACUAAAGGAAAGUCAAUUGACAUACAUCCUGGUGUCCUCAAUGCACUGUUGUUCACUCCCAGAGUCCUACAUGGUGCUCGUUCCCUUGAGUCGAUUCUGUCCAUGAGCGAGUUAACAUCAGGAGGACGCAUUGAUACGGGAAAUCUUUGUCAAAAGGCACAGUGCAGAUUGCACGUGGAUGUUGAUGAAUUCGAGAAAUACUUGAAUGGGACAGAAAGCAGAGGUGAUCAGGAUGAGGCUACACCGGAAAACAAGCAGCGCUAUGCCUGGAUUGAACGGAAGUCGGGUAGAGCUUACAAUCCUGGGACUGUGGUCCCUGCUGCGCCUCCGGCUGGCUUAGGCGCCGCCUGA